AUGUUCUAUCUUAGCUUUGAAUUGCUGUAUACUGACCUCUCGACGGUCAUCGCUCCUGUUAUUGUCUUGGCCGUCCUGGUUCAUCUGGUACCCUACCUCAUCGAUUCUCAUCGACUCCGCUCGUAUCCUAGUCCUUUACUUGCAAAAAUUUCCGAUGCAUGGCUAGCAUAUGUGGUUUACCACGGACAUCGUUCGGAAGUCGUUCAUGACCUCCAUAGGAAAUACGGACCCUUUAUUCGAUUAGCGCCUAAUCACAUUUCUGUGGCGUUGUCGGACGCACUGCCAAUAGUAUACGGGCACGGAAACGGGGCGCUGAAGUCGUCCUUCUAUGAGGUGUUUGCGUCCACAUCUCCAGGACUGUUUGAUACUCGCGAUCGCCAGACACACACUCGCAAACGAAAGAUCAUCCCGCAUACUUUUUCGCAGAAGAGUGUGCUGGAGUUUGAGCCGCAUGUACGCAGUUAUGUCAGCCAACUUCUGGGACAUUGGGACAAGUUGUAUGACAAAAGUCUGAAAGGCAUGUCGGGCAAGGAAGGAAAUGGUUGGACAGGUCGUGAUGGAAGGCUUUGGUUGGACUGUUUCCCGUGGGCAAAUUAUCUCGCGUUCGAUAUCAUUGCUGAUCUAGUGUUUGGGGCUCCUUUCGGGAUGAUCAUGGCAGGCAAAGAUUCUGCCCUCGUGCCUAAGGAUCAACAUGAUGCGAUGGAUUUUUACGGGAAAGUAGGCGCAAAUUAUGCUACGAAGGAGGUCGCAGUCAUCAAAACUAUGGGUGAAGCAACGGGGAAGUUCCUGGCGACUCUGGGUGCUGUACCUGGGUGGUGGAGGACACUGCUCGGACGACUUCCGUUGCUUCGGAAGGGCAGAGAGGACUUCAAAGCCAUUGCGGGGUUGGCAAUCGUGGCUGUGUCGAAGAGGUUAGAGGUACCGACAGACAGGAACGAUUUACUCAACAAGUUGCAAGCUGCGAAGGAUGAAGAUGGUAACCCAAUGAGCAAAGAAGAGCUUACUGCAGAAGCGAUGACGCUUCUUGCUGCAGGAAGUGAUUCCACUGCCAACACUACCUCUGCCAUCAUCUACUAUCUUGCGCGCAACCCGAGCAUACAAGAGAAACUUCAGAAAGAGCUGGAUGAUCACAUUGACUCCGACGUUGCUACGGCCGCGCAGGUAAAAAGCCUCUCUUACUUACACGCGGUCAUCAACGAGGUACUACGAGUGUAUUCUACCCUGGCUAUGGGGCUCCCCUGCGAAGCACCCGAGGGCGGGAUAACGAUUUUAGGAAACCACUUCUCUGCUGGUACGAUUAUCAGUGUCCCUACAUAUACAAUCCAUCGGAAUCCAACGGUGUUUGGGGACGAUGUCGAGGUGUUUAGGCCUGAGAGGUGGUUUGAGCAUGACAGUGCUGUCAUGUCGAAGGCGUUUGCUCCGUUCUCUGUUGGUCCUCGGGCAUGUAUCGGGCGUAAUCUGGCGAGCAUGGAGUUGCAGAUUAUCAUCGGGUCGAUUUUGAGGCGCUUCCAUUUCGUGUUGGAGAAUCCUGAUGAAAUCGCAAAAGGCUUCGUCAGGAAACCCGUUACUUGUCGUGUUGGUAUUCAGCGACGUGAAGUGUUGUAG